AUGGAAUUGCUACAGCGUAUGGCGCCAUUAAACGACAUGACAGUGAUAACAGUUGGUCCUCUAAAAGGGAGUCCACGCACCCGCAAAUUUAAAGAGCAACGCAUACAUGCUAACUGGGUGGCCGACUUGGAAGAUGGAACUAUUUAUAUCGAGCAUUGUAAUUGGUUAGAUUUUUCUAAAUUUAAUUUACCAAAACCGAUUUAUAUAAACUUGGUUCGCGAUCCCGUCGAACGUAUGAUUAGUUGGUUUUUUUAUGUACGUGGUGCCUAUAAAAAUGCCAUUUACUUUAAUAAAAAUCCUGAUGGUGAAAUAAAACCCCCAGAAUGGUUUAAAAAGGAUUUCAAUCACUGUGUGCGUAGUGGUGAUCCUGAAUGUCAAUACGUUCCACAUACUUUCAAUGACCGCGAAGGAAAUCAUAAAAGACAAAGUUUAUUUUUCUGUGGUCAUGACAAUGACUGCUUACCGUUUGAUUCACCAUAUGCAAUACAUAUGGCUAAGCUUAAUGUAGAUCGUGAUUACGCUGUAGUUGGUACCUGGGAGGAUACAAACAUAACAUUGACAGUUUUUGAAAAAUAUAUACCAAGAUUUUUUAAAAAUUCGAGAACAGUUUAUAACAUGAACAUUGAUCGUCUGCAAAAUCGUAAUAGAAACAAUCGGAAGCCGAAAAUUGAUUCGGAUGUUAAGGAUUUAAUGCGCAAAAACUUUACAAAUGAAUAUGAUUUCUAUUAUUUCUGCAAGCAACGUUUGUAUAAACAAUAUUUAGCACUUAAAUUAGGAAAUUAUAUAUAA